AUGGCGCCGAAUUCCCGAAUCAUCCUCGUCCGGCAUGCUCAAGGCGUGCACAAUGUCAACCUAGAACAUCACAUCCUCGAUGCCGUCCUCACACCUCUCGGCGUCAAGCAAGCCAAGUCCCUCGUCGAAGCCCUCCCUCAACUACAAAUCGAAAUCGACCUGAUCGUCACCUCUCCUCUCAAGCGUACCCUCCAAACAACCACCUACGCCUUCUCCCCGGCCAUCGAACGCCUGGGCAUCAAAUCCAUAAUCUGCAUCCCUCAAGCGCAGGAAUGUGGCCCAGAGCCGUGCAACAUCGGCUCACCGCGCGCCGAGCUCGAGAAACUCCCGGAAUACGCCGACUUUGACUUCUCCCGCCUGACACCGGACUGGACGAGUAAGGCGGGCUUCUACGCCGCGGAUCUGCCCGCGCUCGCCGAACGCGCGAAAUGGGUCCGGCAAUUCCUCCGCGAGCAGCCGCAGAAGACUAUCGUCCUCGUCGCCCAUGGGGAUUUCUUGAGGCAGUUGAUGGCGUCCGAAACCGGGCCGGGUUUGCACCCGUGGCGGAACGCGGAGGUCAAGGCUUUCACGUUUGAUCCGGAAUUCGUGGGGAAGGACGAGUGUUUUCUUGUUGAGGAGGGCAGGGAGUCCCUUGCGCCGGGAUACCCUUGGAGGGCGACGGAGGCGGAUCUCGUCCCUGCGGGUGGGAAGUUGUGA